GAUAAGAUUCCGAAGAACAGGCAGUUGAUGUUAGGCGGUUUGUCUUCCUCCCUUCUCCACGGACCACAGUCGACGUCGCCGCCUCACUCUCCGCCGCGUUCAGUGCUUUCCGCUGCUCAGCUUAUCACACCUGCAGCUUUAUCCAUGUUAUCUUUACCCUCUCAGUACUGUUCUGUUCAUCCUCAAUUGCACCGCCUCUUCUCUCUGGCUACAACACACUUCUCCCCUUCCGUCUUCCAGCCUCGUCUUCCUUGCACCGAUAUUAUUCCAAUACGCGCCGCCCGUAGUAGAGUCUCUUUAGUGAUGACCAAUGAAGAGGUGCCCAAGCAACGGAGGCGGACGCUGUUUCCGGGUGGCUUCAAGAUACCGGAAAUCAAAGUUCCCAAUCUCGUGCUCCAGCUAAGCGCUCGAGAUGUCUUCGAUGACAAAACCGUUCUUGACGAAGUAGAUCAGGCGGUAUCGUCUCUAGUUGGCAUCGUGCUCCUCACUGGCGGUGGGAUGACAGGUGGGAAAUUAUACGACGCUGCUUGCUUGUUGAAGUCUGUCAUCCGCGAAAGAGCCUACUUGUUGGUCGACGAAAGAGUUGACAUUGCAGCCGCAGUAAAUGCCAGUGGAGUUUUGCUCUCAGAUCAUGGUCUCCCUACCAUUGUGGCUAGGAACACAAUGUUGGAUUCGAAGUCCGAGUCAGUUGUUCUCCCUUUGGUGGCAAGAGUUGUAGAAACACCUGAGGCUGCAAUUCAAGCAUCUAAUUCUGAAGGAGCCGAUUUUAUUUUAUACAAUGUUGGGAAUAAUAGGUCAGAGGAAGUGAUGAGGUCUGUGUUUGAGACACUGAAAGUUCCAGUGUUUGUCAUGAUUGGUUCGCAUGGAGAGGGGAAGCUGCUGAAUGACGUUUCCUAUUUUCUUCAAUUAGGAGCUAGUGGCUUUGUUAUAUCUAUAGAUGAAUUGAAAGUGGUAGGUAAUGAAGAGUUCAGCAAACUGCUUUUAGGUGCGCAUGCACCAGAGAUGAAAACUGAGGAAGGCUUUGGGCUUCAAAUCUUUGGUUCUGGUAAUGGCUUUCCUGGGAAGAAGAAGGUGGCUGGCUUCACCAAGUUGCGUAAGAGAGAACUGCAUCUAGUUGAAACUGAGAAGCUCAUUUUGCAUGAAACAAUAAAUGCCAUAAAACAAGCUGCUCCACUGAUGGAAGAGGUCUCACUCCUCAAGGAGGCUGUCUCUCAACUUGAUGAUCCGUUUUUACUGGUUAUAGUGGUAAUUGUGUGCUGAAAUUCAACAAAUUCUGGUUCCAGGGACAUGCAUGGGGAGAGUUCAACUCUGGGAAAUCAACUUUUAUCAAUGCUCUUCUUGGAGAAAGGUACCUGAAAGAUGGCGUCGUUCCUACAACCAAUGAGAUCACCUUUUUACGCUAUUCAGAGUUUGAUAAGCCACAACAUUGUGAAAGGAAUCCAAAUGGUCAAUGUGUAUGCUAUCUACCCGCUCCUAUUCUAAAAGAAAUGAUUAUAGUUGAUACUCCUGGAACCAACGUGAUACUUCAACGUCAACAAAGGCUGACCGAGGAAUUCGUCCCUCGUGCAGAUUUGCUCCUCUUUGUUAUGUCUGCUGAUCGACCAUUGACUGAAAGUGAGGUCAGUUUUCUUCGUUACACUCAGCAGUGGAAGAAAAAGGUCAUCUUUGUGCUGAACAAAUCUGACAUUUACUUGAACAUGCAUGAGCAAGAUGAAGCUGUUGCUUUCAUAAAAGAAAAUGCGAAGAAGUUGUUGAGUACUGAAAAUGUGACCUUAUACCCUGUAUCUUCACGAUGUGCGCUUGAAACAAAGCUUUCCGCUCCUUCUGUCAUUCUGAAAGACAUUAAUGGCCAAUCCUUGGGUGAAUCUCAUUUGAAAUCUGCAAGUUUCUUUGAGCUUGAGAGAUACUUGUAUAACUCUUUGGAUGCCUCAACAAGCACAGGAAUUCAACGUAUGAGACUUAAGCUUGAGACUCCAGUUGUAAUUGCAGAGCAGCUGCUUUCUUCCUGCCAAACUACAGUGAGUAAAGAGUGUGAGAUAGCUACAAUUGAUUUAGUGUCUGUGAAUGAUCUUAUCAACGGUGUAAAAGACUGGACAAAGAAGAUGGAAAUCGAAAGCAUCUCCUGGAAGAAGCAAAUUCUUUCCGUGGUUGACAGCACACAGACACGUAUUGUCCAGCUUGUAGGUUCUACUCUACGUCUUUCAAAUCUUGAUCUAGUCACUGGAUAUGUAUUUAAAAGAGGAAAAACAGCUCAAAUGCCAGUCACAGUAACUGUCAAGAAUGAUAUUAUCAGUCCAGCAGCUCUUGAAGCGGAGAAGCUACUGGCAGAAUAUAAGGCCUGGUUACAGUCAAAUGCAGACCAUGAAGCACAAUUUUACAGAGACUAUUUUGAUGGGGAGAAGCACAUUGAGGCUGGUAGCUGUACAAUACCUGGAAGGAAAUAUGUACUAAGCUCGCAUGUGAUGGGGGCAUUUAGUCCAACAGCUGCUUCAAAGUUGUUUGAGCAAGAAAUACGUGAAACGUUCUUGGGAACUUUUGGUGGGCUUGGAGCAGCUGGUCUUUCAGCAUCCCUCUUGACAUCUAUUCUGCCAACAACAUUAGAAGAUCUUCUUGCUCUUGCGCUUUGUUCUGCAGGAGGCCUACUUGCACUUUACAAGUUUCCAGCUCGUAAGCAACAGGCUGUGGAUAAAGUGAAGAGAGCUGCUGAUGGCUUAGCACGCCAAAUUGAAGAAGCAAUGCGGAAAGAUUUGUUGGAGACAACAUUGUAUUUGGAGGAGUUGGUUAGAGUCAUUAGCAAGCCUUAUCAAGAAGCUGCACAGCAUAAACUGGACAAGCUUUCGGCCACAGCAGAUGAACUUGCAAAAAUCGAGACCAAACUGAAAACCUUGCAAUCUGAAAUUCAGAAUCUAAAUUAGGUGGGGCAUAAUGUUUUGCAACGCGCAUAGACAAGAGCUGUGAUACUCUUAUACUCAUUAAAAUUUGAAAGGCUUUUUCGGAAGGCACUGAAAUUGCUGAAGUAUUUAAAAUGUAUUUAUAGAUAAAAUAGUGGAAGAUUUAUAUGAAAAAGUUAAAAUGGUCAUCUUCAGCAACUUCAUUAAAAAUGCAACUCUAAAUUGUUCAGUUAUUUAGGGUGCUUGGUUGAGAAAGUAGUGUUUGGUAAACAAUCUAAAUGAUAAGAAGGCUGAAUGUUGUAAACAAUAAUAAUGAAAUUUUGUAGAACAAUACUGUUUUUUACUACUUCUGCUUCACAUUCAAUACCAUUUUCCC